AUGCACGCCGAGUACCAUUCGAUGAUGAGUUCCGGGCGGCUCACGUUGGCCCAGAAAAAACGCCAGCUCUUGAUCGUCACCGUCGUCGUGGUGGCGGUGGCGGCGUUGUGUCUUUUGCCCCUCCUCGAGGCGGUGAAAGUGUGGGUGACUCCCUUGGACCAGCGGGAUAAGUGUCCCAUCCACAACAAAGUGGUGCCCCCUGGUUUCAAACACAACAAUGAGUCAGUGGAUACGAUCGUUAACGACCCCCAUUACGCCGAGGUUGCCGUGCAAAGACUCCAGGGAGCAAUUGCCAUCGACACGUCGAUCGGCGACGAGUUGCCGCCGUAUAGCGAUACCGAGUUUUGGCAACGGUUUGAUAAGUUCCACCGUUACUUGGCCAUGACGUUCCCGAAGCUCCGGCGCCAGAUGAAGGUGGAAACCGUCAACCACUAUGGGAUAUUAGCAACGUGGAAAGGGAGCGACAAAUCGCUUAAACCGAUUGUGCUUAUGGCUCACCAGGACGUUGUCCCCGUGCUGAGGGACUCGUGGGACCAGUGGCACCACCCCCCGUUCCUGGGCCACUUCGACGGCGAGUAUAUUUAUGGCCGCGGUACUUUGGACUGUAAGGGUCAACUAAUCGCGAUUUUGGCGCUGUUGGACAAAUUGAGGCAGCUGGGAUUUAAGCCUAAGCGUACCAUCAUCGUGCUGUUGGGGUUUGAUGAGGAACUGCUGGGACUCGAAGGGGCGAGGCACUUGGCUCAAACGUUGGAAAAACGCUACGGAAACCACUCCAUUUACGCAAUCAUCGAUGAAGGCACGGGGUUUUUACACGACGAGUUCAGUGGCCAGCUUGUAGCCGCGCCCGCCGUCGCCGAAAAGGGGUACGUCGAUAUCUGGACCACGCUUACCGUCCCCGGAGGCCACUCGCUGGUCCCGCCCGACCACACGCUGUUAGGGAUCAUGGCCGAGUUGGAAACCCUUAUCGAAGAAGAUCCCUACGACCCGCUUUUGGUGGCGGAAAACCCGUUCAUGGCCCAUUUGGAGUGUGCCGCCGUUAACUCCGACCACAUGCUGAAAUACAGCCGCAAACAGAUCCUUAGGGCGGCGUUCGACCCCAUCGCCAACAAGGCCGUCGUCAACAAGUUGCAGACGCUGCCCUACAAGUAUUACAUCCAAACCUCACAAGCCAUGGACGUGAUCCAGGGGGGGGAGAAAGUCAACGCGUUACCGGAAAGUGUGAUUUUAGGGGUGAAUCACAGAGUCACCAUUGGCCAGCUGGUCGACGACAUCACGUUUCACUUUGCCAACCGGGUGAGAAAAGUGGCGGAAAAGUAUGAUCUUACCCUCUACGCCUAUGGCGACCGCGUGAUUGAGGGAGCCAACGGAGUGUUCAACGUCACUCAACGGGGGAAACUUCCACCGUCGCCAGUCACUCCGACCAAGGGGAAAGCCUGGCAAGUGUUGGCGGGGACCAACCGCCACGUGAUCGAAGAUCUCGGUCUCUUCCCCAAAGUGAAAUACCCCGUGAUGACCACGCCCUCGAUCAUGACGCCCAACUCCGAUACCCGCCACUACUGGAGCCUCACCGACAACAUCUUCCGGUUUGCUCCCCUCGUGAUGUCUUUAGAAUUUGAGGGCGUCCACUCCGUUAACGAAAAAGUGAGUCUUGAAAACCACUUGUUGAUGAUUGCCUGGUACCACGAGUACCUCCAGGCCGCCGACGCCGCGGCGGACCACUAG